AGCCUUGGUUAGAGAUAUGAAAGAAAGUAAGCCUUUCUGGGGACAGUGAGUGCAGUCUCCCUGCACACCCAGCCUUGGGCAAGGACCCAGAGACCUGUGGUGCUGAGCUGAGAGGCUGAAGGGCUACAAAAGGACGGAGCAAAGCCAUGCUAUGUCCAUGGAAAUGUCAAAAUGCUCAGAGGGACUUAUGGAAUGUCUUUAAACUGUGGGUCUGGAUUAUGCUCUGUUGUGAUUUCUUUGCGCAUCGUGGAACCGAUUGCUGGACUUACCAUUAUUCUAGAAGACCCAUGCCCUGGGAAAAGGCUAGAGCGUUCUGCAGGGGAAAUUACACAGAUUUAGUUGCCAUACAAAACAAGGGAGAGAUCGAAUACCUGAAUAAGACGCUUCCCUUCAGUCGUACUUACUACUGGAUUGGCAUCCGGAAAGUAGAAGGGGUGUGGACUUGGGUGGGAACCAACAAAUCUCUCACUGAAGAAGCAAAGAACUGGGGCGAAGGGGAGCCCAACAACAGGAAGAGUAAGGAGGACUGUGUGGAAAUCUACAUCAAGAGGGUCAAAGACUCGGGGAAAUGGAAUGAUGAUUCCUGCCACAAAGCAAAGACAGCCCUCUGCUACACAGCUUCUUGUAAACCCUGGUCAUGCAGCGGCCAUGGACAAUGUGUGGAAGUCAUCAAUAAUUACACCUGCAACUGUGAUUUGGGGUACUACGGGACGGAGUGUCAGUUCGUGACUCAGUGUGUGCCUCUGGAGGCCCCAGAGCUGGGUACCAUGGCCUGUACUCACCCUUUGGGAAACUUCAGCUUCACGUCGCAGUGUGCCUUCAACUGCUCUAAGGGAACAGACAUAAUGGGGAUUGAAGAAACCACUUGUGGACCAUUUGGAAAUUGGUCAUCUCCAGAACCAACCUGUCGAGUGAUUCAAUGUGAGCCUCUAACAGCACCCAAUUUGGGAACCAUGGACUGUAAUCACCCCCUUGUCGACUUCGGCUUUUCUUCCACAUGCACCUUCAGUUGUUCAGAAGAAGCUGAGUUAACUGGGGAGAAAAAAACUGUUUGUGGAUUGUCUGGAAAUUGGUCCAGCCCUAGUCCAGUAUGUCAAAAAAUAAACAGGACUAUCUCAAUAAACGAAGAGAGUGAUUAUAACCCCCUCUUCAUCCCGGUGGCAGUCAUGGUUACCGUAUUCUCUGGGUUGAUAUUUAUCAUUUGCCUGGCAAGGAGACUAAAAAAAAGCAAAAAGUCUCGGAGAAGCACGGUUGAUGCAUAUUAAACGACCUGCUCUGAAAGAAAACUCUUGGAAUAUGAAAGUGUCAGUGGAUCCUUCAAAUCCUCUUAUGAAAAGGUUUGCUAAUGGCAUCUUCUACACUGAAGAGGAAGUGUGAGUUUCCCAGCACACCUGAAGAGUUUUCAACAUGACCAGCUGCUCCUUCUGUUUCCGCUUUGCUCCAUCUCCCAUCCCUCAACUUUCAGCCUACAGUGGGGAGUUUAAUAGCUCAGUCUUUCGGCCUUUUUUCCAUGGACUACCAAGACCAUGGGAAAAGGAGUACUAUGGAAUGUAAAUGCAGAUUUCAUUCUCGCUCUCGAUUCUGGCAUCCAGCUUCAAUUCCAUGCUGUACCUGAUGACAUAUACUUUUAAAUAUAGUGAAAAUUUGAUACAUAUGCAACUCUAGGCUCACUUUUGUUACAGGUCACACUUUAUCUCCCUAGUCCUUCCAGUGUACUGUGGGGGCAGUUCAUAAAAUGAUGUUAUCCUUGUUUUCCAGCUCAAGUGGUACUGGGGAUCUGCUCCAACCAGGAAAAGUCCUAUUUGCCCCAGCCUCUAUAAAUAGAGGCCAUCCUCUUUAACUGCCUCCAGUUGCCUGCCUUCUUCAGCCAUCUGUCUGCAGUUGGCUCAUUUCCACAUAUAGCAGCUCAUGAGCACCAAACAAAAGAAGAGAAAGCCUGCACUGUUGGUUUUAUUUUUUUAAUUAUUUUUGGAUUGGGGUUUUAAUGUUUGUUUUUUAUUAGCCCCAUCCAGAUGUUUCUCUUAUGACCACUCAUCACUAGAAUGGCAGCUGCAGGCAUCUCUUUGAUGUCAUACAGAAGAGCUAAAGCAAGUGGAAAGAGAUGUCUUGACUCAUGAUUGAAAUGCCCCUCCUUCCCCACCCUCAGUCUUCUUACGUAUCCACCUUGAUUCUAUCUACUUUUCUGAUUCAUCUCAGGCAUCCCCCACCCUUAGCACUGUUUUCAUAACUAAUCCUUAACUAGUUCAAACUGUGGAAAUCUCCCCUUCCUGGCCUCUUACUGCAAGAUUAGUAACAUGCAUUUUUUGUACUUAAAUACAAUUUUUAUUUUUUACAAAAUA